AUGGUUCAGAAACGCACUAUUGAGGUUGUAAUACCACAAAUGUCAAGUCAAAGCAUUAAUUCAACUACAAAGUCAAACGAAGUUGUAUCGAAGACCGUCCCAGCCAUUCCUCUGGCCACGAUUAACGAAGAGCAAGAUUUAUGCAGUCCCAAUUCUCCACGUCGUACGAAUGACGAAUUGCAGAGCAAGUUGAAUAAUGGCAAAAUGUCAUCGAUGUCUAGCUUGCUGGGACAUUUCUUUUCCGGGGCCAGAGAAGAGGGAAAGGAAAAGGAAGAUGCAGAGGUAGUCCGCGGUGCGAAUCCUCCACAUCGCACGAACGAUCGAUUAUUCAACCGCGGCGGAGAUAAUCAUCAAGCAUCAGCAACUUCAAGCAACAGAAGAGAAGAGGAUAUAAAACGAGAGGUUGAGAAUACGUAUGAAACUAAUCUUCCACAUCGAGCAGGUGUCCGAGUGAGGUUCGAGUUGGAUAAUCAUGAGAUCUCGACUCCCUCGUCUGCAUCCAAUGAAACGACUCCGCAGAUGACUCCUACUUCUUCUUUGGUCGAUGAAAUGGAAGGGGAUCUCAUUGAUCUCUACGAUGAUAAUGAUGAUGAUGGUGAUGAUACCCCUCUCCGGCAUACGGGCGAGGAAUUCCUCUCGGACGAAUUCGAAUUCGAACCCCAUCCACAUCCACAUCAAAACCUACAUCGCGCCCCCAAAUCAUUCAUCAUCUCCCAACAUCCCCCCACACAAACCAAAGCCCCUCCAACAUCUCCGCAAACCCAUCGUACCCCGUCUGCAAACAUCAUAUCCACAUCUCCACGUGCAAUCACCAAGCACGAAAUCUUCCUGCACACACUCCCAUCCAAACAUGCUUCAGUCCCACAAAUCCGCACCUGGAUCGCGAGCUGGUUUUCCGGUCGGGACAUCGCGUUUGCCGUCCCGUGGGAAGACGAGAAUAUCGGGCUGCAGCGAUAUAUCGAGUGUAUUUCCUGGAGUGGCCAUGAUAUACAUCAUGGGAGUUGUGGCAGUUUGGAGAAUGAUAUGAGAGGAUGGAUGUUAGGGGGGUAUGCGACACCGAUAGUGAGGGAUAUUGAGAAGGCGAGGAAUAUGGAACGGGAGAGGAAGUGGGAGGUGGCUGUGGGGAGGUUCACGGAUUUUCUUUAUGGUGCUGUGGUUAUGGGGGUGGUGGGACUGGUUUUGAUGGUUUUGGUGCCUUGUCCUUGUCGGAGGUAUUGA